GGGUAACAGACAUACAUACAACCUUCUACACCAACCUCGAUAGGUCACAACCAGACCUCUCUUUUUACAAAUGUCACUGUGGUCGUAUGUUCAAUUCCCCUUUAUGUCUGCUUAGUCAUAUAAAUCCAAUUGCUCAAUGCGGGAAAACAAAAAGAAAACUGGAUCUUACCGCAACCUUUCCCCGCGCACGCGCUUCCUCUUCGGAGCCGGCCUGAUGGCCUAUGCUACGGUCGGGAUGUGGUGGUCUCCUAAAAUUGAGGAGGCGUUGGGCAUGGUGCCGAGCAGCGAGGAGCAGGCGGAGCUGGAUAGGAAAUUGAGCGUUAAGAUUUCCAGUGUUGAGCGGUAGAAUUAUUGGAUGGAAAGGUGGGGGUUGGGGUGAUGUGGAAUGAAAGAAAGGCAAUAGGGGAGCAAAGGAAGAAAGGGAAAGAAAUGAAAUGAAAACGUGGCUCUGGGCAGCGCCAACAGCAAACAAACGGAAUUUGGACUCUGAAUUGAAGAUGGGAUGGGAAGAGAUAUGAAGUAGAGAUGAUUUGCGAGUUUAUUGUUGCUGUGGCAUGGUAAGGGGCUAUGGGAGAGACGGGGGAGUACGUUUUGGCGAGAGGAGAGGGGGCUACAGUACGGUGUAUGCGGGUGUGUAGCUUGUGCAUGUGGAUAUCACGCCGCUCAGUUGGCUGAUGAGGAGCAGAAAAGGGUUCGGGCUGGACAUUGAAGUGGCAUAUACAUAGGUGCGGUUGCUGAGAAGGAAGAGGAGGUUGGAUGGUGCCUGGGGGAAAUGUGCAUCUGUAUUGGGAUAGAGAUGUGGUACCAGGUGAUCGACGGCCGAGAGUUUUCUUUUUAGCGCCCCCCCUCCCAAUUUUCAAUUUUUCAUAAUUCCCUUGUCCUUGCCCUCUUGAGAAUUUAAUAGAAGGAAGCAAAGCUCGGACAGGGCAUGCAGGCCUCAAUGACUGCCGUCGUGGAACCGAACCGAGAACUAGAGGAUGAUUUGGGACCUGAUUACACAAAAAAAAAAGAGUGGAGUUGAAUAUCAGACUGCCCUAGUACAGCCUACCCCGUCAUCGUGGGAAUGCGCUACACCGACAUGGACCUCGGAUUGGAUUGGAUGGCUAAGGUGAAGUCUGACAUUCGAGGAGGCAGAGAGGAAUUGGCGAUCAGUUCGUUUGAGACUUGCAGCUGAAGUUCUAGUUGGAGUAAAAUUGAUUUGCCUCUUUCCGUUGUCAAGGCGCUUGCUCCCUUCCUUUCAAGCCUUAUUUGACUUCCUAUUAUUUUUAUUUUUAACUUUCAUUUUCUUUUUAAAAUCGGUUCUUCUCCGUGCUGUUGAUCAGCCACCAUCCCUCCAUCAUCGCCACGCAUCUAGAAUGCAGGAAUAUACGCAUUUUGAUUUUCAUUGCUGAUGCUGUACCCAUAGAGAUAUGCCUCGUCGAUGGCAUUGGAUGUGUUUCAAAAAGCUGUUGCCGUGAUUAUUGUGACGGACUAGAUCAGUUCGUGUCGAUCGACGAGGCAUGAGCAUGCCCUGUUUUCCGAUAGAGCAACGGCAUGCAAGCGGGUGAGUGUGAGAAAAUUGAACAGCUGGUCAUGCUCGUUUCCAUUAACCCUCACAACCGCCCUGCAAGUUUAGACUGCUAGUCUUGUGCACCCUCUCCUUCUGGCCCCCUAAUGCUGCAUCAUUCGCUCACAUCGAUCUCUUCGAAUUAGUAGAUUUAUCUAUGCGAAAAAGAGCAGAGUCCAGUUCACUGAAAAGUAGUUCAAAGCAAAUCAGUUCGUACUUGUCCCAGCGCGUGCAUGGAUAUUACGACUCUCCGGGACGGGAUAUCUGAUUUUCACAUUAAUUCUCUAUCUCCGCCCCCAACUUCAUCCUGGGAGGCAAUCUUCCUCCAACCGGCUUAUCCGAUACUUGUCACUAUGACGGCGUCUCUUACGGGAUGUUUGUGUACGCAUAUGCAAUAUACUUGAGACAAAAAUCAAUGAGAGCCGAGAUCUAUCAUCCGCCAUUUGUCACAUUGGCCCAGGCCCAGCCACCA